AAGAUAAGUAUCAUACCUCCCUUCUCACAAAAAUCACAAUUCCCCACUCUUAAUUUUUCCUAUACCUCAUACUUUAUCUUCUUCUCCAAUUAAUAUCAAUUAUACCUUAUCACCAUGGUCCCUAAACCCAUCAUAAUAACAAGCAAACAACCACCUACAACUCCUAUCCCUCCACUUAACAUAUCUUCCAUCAAAACCAAAGAAAAACCCCAAAUUUCACAAACUCAAACACUAAAAACUACCACCACAAAAACUCUUCCUACACCCCCCAAAACCACCAACACCACCACCACCCACAACCUCAAAACCACAACCAAAAAACAAGAACCAUCAUUUCCAUCACUAUUAAUCAACACAUUUGAUGACAUCAUAAACAAUUUCAUAGACCCACCAAUAAAACCAUCAGUUGAUCCAAGACAUGUUUUGUCACAAAAUUUCUCCCCGGUACUAAAUGAACUCCCUCCAACACAAUGCGAAAUCAUUAACGGCACUUUACCACCGUCACUUAACGGCGCUUACAUAAGAAAUGGCCCAAACCCACAAUUCCUUCCACGUGGACCUUACCACCUCUUUGACGGUGACGGCAUGCUUCACGCCGUUACAAUCUCAAACGGAAAAGCCACACUCUGUAGCCGUUACGUUAAAACUUACAAAUACAAAACCGAAAACGAAGCGGGUUACCCACUUUUCCCAAACGUGUUUUCCGGUUUCAAUUCGCUUAUUGCUUCUGCAGCACGUGGCUCUGUAACCGCCGCACGUGUCAUAACCGGUCAGUAUAAUCUAUCUAAUGGCAUUGGAUUAGCAAACACCAGUUUAGCUCUGUUUGGUAACCGUCUUUUCGCUUUGGGAGAAUCAGAUCUUCCUUAUGAAAUUAAGUUAACGGAAAAUGGUGAUAUUGAAACAGUUGGCCGUUAUGAUUUUGACGGUAAACUCUCCAUGAGUAUGACGGCACAUCCAAAAAUUGAUGGUGAAACAGGUGAAACUUUUGCUUUCCGUUACGGUCCAAUUCCGCCUUUUUUAACCUAUUUCCGUUUUGAUUCUAACGGAGUUAAACACAACGAUGUUCCCGUUUUCUCCAUGACAAGACCAUCAUUUCUUCAUGAUUUCGCCAUUACUAAAAAAUAUGCUGUAUUUGCCGAUAUACAGCUCGGGAUGAAUCCACUUGAAAUGAUUUCAGGUGGACCUCCGGUAGGUUCCGAUCCUUCGAAAAUUCCAAGGAUCGGAAUACUUCCUCGUUAUGCUAACGAUGAAUCGAAGAUAAAGUGGUUUGAUGUGCCAGGGUUUAAUAUAGUUCACGCCAUAAACGCGUGGGAUGAAGAAGAUGGAAAAACGAUUACACUUAUAGCACCGAAUGUUCUCUCCAUUGAGCAUACAAUGGAGAGAUUGGAGCUUGUUCAUGCAAUGAUCGAGAAAGUGAAGAUUAACAUUGAAACCGGGAUUAUAUCAAGACAACCAUUAUCAGCUAGAAAUCUUGAUUUCGCAGUUUUAAACCCUAAAUUUCAAGGGAAGAGAAGUAGGUUUGUUUACGCGGCCAUUGGGAAUCCAAUGCCGAAGAUUUCAGGAGUUGUUAAGAUUGAUGUGUUGAAAGGGGAGGAAGUUGGGUGUAGGAUGUAUGGAGAAGGUUGUUUUGGAGGUGAACCGUUUUUUGUGGCGAAUGAGGAUGGUGUUGAAGAGGAUGAUGGUUAUUUGGUGAGUUAUGUGCAUGAUGAGAAGAAGGGAGAGUCGAGGUUUAUAGUGAUGGAUGCUAAGUCGCCGGAGUUGGAGAUAGUGGCGGAGGUGAAGUUGCCAAGGAGGGUGCCGUAUGGUUUUCAUGGACUGUUUGUGAGUGAGAGUGACAUGAGGAAGUUGUCGGUAUCAUAACUCAUAAUAUGAUGGAAAUUGGGAAUUGUUUGUCUCUGUUGUAAGGUACAAUUAUUGUUGUUUAUACUGUAAAGGAAACAAUAUAUAUAAAUGGAAGUUAAUAUUUGUUGCGGUGAA